AUUCUCAACUAAUCUGCGUUUUGUAUAUUAUGAGAACCGAGGAAAAAGUCGGGUGUGAAAAGGAUUAUCAUAGAAAAAUGCUAAGAGUUAGAACUGUUCGAUCUGCCAGGGCGAUAUAAAUCCAGCCAAUCGGUGUAUCUGCAAGUCUUCUGAGUUUUGAAACGGUCAAAUUGGUUAAGACUAGGGUAAUUGCCUUUUCGUAAGAGUUUAAAAGCAGGGUUUGUUGGAACUGUUCAGCUUUGACUUGUUUUGAGGAUGUCACGGUAAGUGUUGUUGAAUUCCUCGCUAUGGCGAUUUCUAGACGGUGUUUAGCUGUGUUGUUUUUGGAAUUUGAUGAUUUUUUUGAGCUUAAGAGAAAUUAGGAAACUGGAUUAUUGGAUGAGUGGUUUUGAAGGGUUUGCGGCAUUUAUGGACUAAGUUCGGCUGGAAUUGUAACGAGAUUGUUCUGGAACGUCUUGGUAGCAAGUCAGUCGUAAAGGAUGUCAUGAAGUUUCAAAAGUUAAGUCUGAAAUUGAAAGCUUUGAUUUAUAAUUUUUUCGAAAUUCUGUAAAAUAGUUGUUUUAAAUGAUCCGUGGUGCUUUAGAGGUGUGAUUAUUGGUCUCCGAUGAGUAUUUGCUUGGAAACGGUUUUUUGGUUUGACGGCCAGACAUUGAAUGGGAGUUUUAAGAGAUUCGCCUGAACAAUUCAGACGAUCGUAUUAAAACAAUUAGUUUUCCAGGGUUUCAUCUGCAAGGGUUGUUAAAACUUAAGACUUGCACUUGCGUUCUUCCAUAACCCAUAAAUAGUCUACACACUUUAGUCUAGGAUUUGUACGGCAUUUUGAAUGAAUGCUAUUCUCUAAAUCGCUGUAGAUUUUUCAUCUUGUGGGAUACUGAUCUGUGAAGGAAACUGCAGUGUACGGUGUACAUGAGCAUUAGACCUAGGUGAAAAAAAUUCUCUGUUUUUUUACUUUAACUUAGAAAUCAGUGUAGAUAACAGGCUUUUAUAGUUUCCCUUUAGGGCAUUGAGGAAAUUCCAUGGCUGCUGGUUGUGCUGUAUUGGAAUGUGAAAGCCAAACUGAUUGCGAUCGACAUCCUUUGCUGAUGGAACAUCCACUGAGCUCACCGGAUGCAGAUCAUGUUGUUGUGAAUGUACCGAGUUCGUCAAGUCCUUUAGUAGUUCAAACAGACGGAGGAGGAAAUUAUCAAAGUCUUGUCACAGACAGUCCUCAAUUGUCUGCAUCAUCUGAGUGUGAUGUUGCAAUUCCUGUGAAUUCACUUGAGAGGACAAUAACAACGGCAGAAGUGCAUCCUCGGCUGCCACCUUCAUCGUCAUCAUUGAGAAGCAGUUCUUUUGGCCGAAACGCUUCUUUUGGCAGGACUGAUGAUUUUAACAGCUAUGGGGCAGGAAGACAAAGAACAAGUCCGUUGAACUCAGGUUUCUGGAUAUCAAUGGAACUUACCAUUACGGUUAGCCAGAUAGUAGCUUCAAUUAUUGUGUUGUCAUUUUCAAGGCAUGAAAAUCCACAAGCUCCUUUGCAUGUUUGGGUUCUGGGCUAUGCAAUAGGUUGUUUUGCCACUCUUCCUCUUCUAUAUUGGCGUUAUGCACACCGUUACACCCACAUGGCAGAGCAAGAUCCUCUUUCUUCAGGUACAUCUCAUUCUAGUGGCCCUACUCGGGCUUCGUCUUACAUAGUAACCUCAGCACCCCAGUUUCCUCAAGAAGAAGAAGUCAGUGAUACAUUUCAGUCUGCAAGGAGCACUCGAGAUGCAUCUAUGUCUGAUGCAAGAAUUCACAUAUUUGUUGAAAGGUUCAAGAUGGCUUUAGACUGCUUCUUUGCCAUUUGGUUUGUUGUUGGCAAUGUUUGGAUAUUUGGGGGGCAUUCAUCUUCAAGUGAGGCUCCAAAUUUGUACAGGUUAUGUAUUGUAUUCCUUACAUUCAGCUGUAUAGCUUAUGCUAUGCCUUUCAUUUUAUGUGCAACAAUAUGCUGUUGCCUUCCCUGCAUCAUAUCUCUUCUUGGAUUUCGAGAGGACCAGACCCACACAAAAGGUGCUUCAUCAGAAAUCAUUAAUUCCCUGCCAACGUACAAGUUUAAAGGAAAAGUUGGAAGUGAAAAAACUGUCGCUAAAGAUGAUAGUGAAUCUGACUCAGAGAGUUCAUGUAUGGGUGGCAUUGUAGCAGCUGGUACAGAAAACGAAAGAACUGUUUCAGCAGAAGAUGCGAUUUGUUGCAUUUGCCUUGGAAAAUACAAGGACGGUGCAGAGCUGAGGGAGCUUCCAUGCUUACACCAUUUUCAUGUAGAUUGUGUUGAUAAAUGGCUAAAAAUCAAUGCAACUUGUCCUCUCUGCAAGCAUGAAAUCAGUGAUUCAAGCGAAACAGCACCUGAAUCUGCUGGUGAAAUGGAACAGCAGAGGGAUAGAGGUUCACAAAAUGAAGUAUUAACCUGAAACUAUCCACUUUUGAGUGUGUGAGACCAUAGAUAAAUGGAAGCUGUCACAUACAUGGACUCUGUGCAUUAACAUUUUAAAAUAUAAAAGAUCUCAGAAAAAUUGGGCAAGCUAUUAUGUUUGUUAGAAAAGGCACUGUCAAAAGAUAGGAAGCAAAGCUGCUACACACGUAAAGAAGUAUGGUUGCCAUUCAAAGUAUUAUAAAUCUCUCAAUAUGAAGGCUUGCAAGUUAAAGCUGUGCAUAUGAUUUAUCAUCCAACUUAACGUACUUGACAUGGCGGAGAGAUGCAACUGCAUUCCCACGAGUUUCCUAACAAUGCAACAUACUUUGGCCAUGGCUGGUAAGAUUGGUUACAGAGUAUGGGAGUGCUCUGUUAGAACAGUCUUGAGGUUUUAUAUCUAAUAAAUGAAUGGUUGCUUUACGCUUGCUGCUGUGUACCAAUUGAAUAAAUGCAGUUUGAUUUCCUUUGAAAAUGACAGUGCCACUAAACAUGUAAAUCCCACUAGAACCUUUUUCUAUUGUUGCUGUAGCUUGCUUGAUAGGUAAGUAAAAUUACUCAUUCUUUAAGCUGUUCUAAAGAUUAUCUUUCAUGACA